UCUGAGCGAUGAGGCAUGAAUUUAUAAAAUUUUAAUGUAUUGCUGACAUAUAUAAAACCUGACAAAAGAAUUGGUAGUGAUGAAAUAAACCGAGUAUUGAUCGAGCAUGGCUGGGGUACCACGCAUGCGCCGACCCACACAUGUAAACACACUCAGCUGAUACACAGCCUGUGACCGCCCGACACCUGCAGCCAGACAUCUGUGUGAAUUGUGGCAUCUGCAUACAGCUAAAAGAGCUAGGGAAGGGGCUACUCGGGGCCUAACAACACGCCAUCCAACGCAAGAAAAAGAAACCUCCGGAUUGUGCCGUAGUGUAGAUCGACCUACUGCAGUUGUUUAUUCACAAGUAUUAGUAACUGAUACUGCAUCAAAGCAGUCUUAUGGAGAUUUUGUUUCUAGGUAUCCCAGUGUAAAAAACAACAGAAAAUACUACCAACUGCUACAAAUAACAAUAUUUACAAAGUGAUUUAAAUAAAGAUCAGAGGAAAUCUAACUGAAGGAGUUAUCGUUCACCAGCUAACUAGUUGGUAUUUAAAACAGAAACAAAGGCAUAAUACUCUUGCAGUCGACGACUGCAAGUUUUUUUGUUCCCAGAAGUCGCCACGCUGAAGAUCGAGGUGGAAGCCGAGGUCAGAAUGCGCCAGCAGAAUGUGCGGACUUUAUCGCUGGUGGUAUGUACUUUCACGUACCUCCUGAUAGGUGCUGCGGUGUUCGACGCUCUGGAGUCUGACACAGAGACCGAGAGACUGAGGAUCAUUGAAACCGUCCGACAGGAGUUACUGGGCAGAUACAACAUCAGCGGGUCUGAGUACAAGUUGAUAGAAACGGUGAUCAUCGAGAACCAGCCACAUAAGGCAGGGCCGCAGUGGAAGUUCGCCGGAGCGUUGUACUUCGUCACCGUCGUUGUCGCCAUGAUCGGGUAUGGGCACUCGACUCCAGAGACCGUGGGCGGGAAGGCUUUCUGUAUCGUGUACGCCGUCGUGGGCAUCCCCUUGGGUAUGGUCAUGUUCCAGUCCAUUGGUGAACGUCUCAACAAGUUCACCUCCGUCAUUAUCAAGAAGAUGAAAAAGAUGCUGGGGUGUACGACGACUGAAGCGACCGACGUGAACCAACUAUGUGUCACUGGGACUCUCUCCUCUAUCGUCAUGACCGCGGGAGCAGCUGUUUUCUCCCACUACGAGAACUGGAACUACAUAGAUGCUUUUUAUUAUUGUUUCAUCACGCUCACUACCAUAGGCUUCGGCGACUUCGUGGCUCUACAGAAGGAGAACGCCCUCACCACUAAGCCUGGUUACGUCGCUCUGUCUCUCGUCUUCAUCCUCUUUGGCCUCACCGUCGUCGCUGCCUCCAUCAACCUUCUCGUCCUUCGCUUCAUGACCAUGAACACCGACGAAGUGAAGGCUGGGGACUACGAAAUGCAAGACGCGUCCCAGUCGGUAGUGACCCUGGACGGAGAACUCAUGGCCAUCAACGGCAAACUCCUGGCGGGUACCCACGAGUCGGAGCUGGGCGAGGGGCGCGUCGGGUCUUACACCAGCAUCGCCACCGUCUGUUCCUGCACCUGCUACCCUCGGCCUCACCACAGCCCCACCGACAGCAGGCACCGCUACUCUAUCGUCAGGUCACCGUCGAGGAUCUCUAACCUGCUGGUGGAACAGGGAGGAGGCAGCAAGAUCGACCCCCACCAGAGCGACCAGUUCCCACCUCUCCUGCACGAUUCCUUCAUGGUCGCCAACUACCUCAAGACCAAGAGAUCGUCCGUCUGAGUGAAGGGACAGAGGUGUAUCAGGGGUUGAGAUGUGACGGUAAGAGUGAUGGCUACUUUACCGUCCACGAACUAUAACAAUCUAAUUCGAUCGGAACUAACCUAAACCUAGCCUUAAUCUAGCCAUAACUUAACCUAACCUAAUCUAUCCAUAAUUUUAACCUAACCUAACCUAUCUUAAUCUAGCCAUAACUUAA